CUUUGGCUUUAGAGCUGCUGCAGUGUGUGUGUGUCUCUGUGUGUGUCUCUAUGCAGCACUGCGAGAUUUAACACUCCUACAAACGGAAAAGGCACACGUUCAGGAAAACCGGGAAGCACUGCAGAUCUAUCUGUGUAUGAUAUUGCAUGGCUCGACAGUCCGAAACUGGAAUCUGGGUGGAGCUCCGCCUACCAAUCUACCGGAUAUCACAAGCAAAUUUAACUGCAUUUCCUGUCUUCCUGAGGCAUGAUAUAGGAACACAACCCAUCCUUAUGGAUAAAAUCAGACACUGCGAAAAAGAACCCUUCACAGAUCAGCUGCCUUAAGGAGAACUGUGAAAAUAACAGGUGAAGAGAAUAAUCCAGAUUGAAGCAUGAGCGCUGAGACCAGCCAGGGGGUAAUCACAACCCCUCCACCUCCCAGCAUGCCUCACAAAGAAAGAUAUUUUGACCGCAUCAAUGAAAAUGACCCUGACUACAUCCGUGAAAGAAACAUGUCUCCUGACCUCAGGCAAGACUUCAACAUGAUGGAACAAAGGAAGAGAGUAACCCAGAUACUGCAGAGUCCUGCCUUUCGGGAAGAUCUAGAAUCUCUUAUACAAGAGCAGAUGAAGAAAGGCAAUAAUCCAACCGGACUGCUUGCCUUACAGCAGAUUGCUGACUACAUAAUGGCAAGCUCUUUUGCAGGGUUUUCUUCAUCUCCUCUAAGCUCUGGACUGGUUACACCCAUCAAUGAUCUACCUGGGAUAGACACCACUGCAUUCGUUAAGGGAGAAAAACUUACUCGUUGUAAAUUAGCCAGCUUGUAUAGGCUGACAGAUUUGUUUGGAUGGGGGUACUUGGCUAAUUCAUAUAUCACAGUAAGAGUAAGCAAAGAACAUGAUCACAUACUUAUCAUUCCAAGAGGCCUUUCAUUUUCUGAAGCUUCUGCCUCCAAUUUGGUAAAAGUAAAUAUCCUAGGAGAUGUGGUUGAUCAAGGGAGCACCAAUCUAAGCAUUGACAGUGCAGGAUUCAGCCCUCAUGCAGCUAUCUACUCUAUGCGUCCUGAUGUCCGAUGUGUGAUCCACAUACAUACUCCAGCAACAGCAGCUGUUUCUUCCAUGAAGUGUGGCAUCCUUCCUAUCUCUCAGGAGGCUUUGAUUCUAGGAGACGUUGCCUAUUACAAUUAUCAAGGAUCUCUGGAUGAACAGGAAGAAAGAAUUCAGCUCCAAAAAGUUCUUGGGCCAAGCUGUAAGGUGCUGGUCUUGAGAAAUCAUGGGGUGGUAGCACUGGGAGAGACGUUAGAGGAGGCCUUCCACUACAUUUUCAAUGUGCAAAAGGCUUGUGAAUCACAGGUACAUGCCUUGGCAGCAGGCGGCGUAGACAAUCUCCUUAUCCUAGACUUGCAAAAGUAUAAACCCUACACCCACCAAGUGGCAGCUGCUGGAGGAGGAGGAGUUAAUAUGGCCUCUCAGGUCAAAUGGAAAGUUGGAGAACAAGAAUUUGAAGCACUGAUGAGGAUGCUGGACAACCUGGGUUACAGAACUGGCUAUGCUUAUCGGCAACCCUUAGUGAGGGAGAAACUCAAGCACAAGAGUGAUGUUGAGAUCCCAGCCACCGUGACUGCCUUUUCCUUUGACGAUGAUUCAGUCCCAAUUUCCCCUCUCAAAUUCCUAGCACAAAAACAGCAACGGGAGAAGACAAGAUGGCUGAAUUCUCCAAAUACAUAUUUGAAAGUGGAUGUUCCUGAAGAAUCGCGGAAUGGAGAAACAAGUCCCCGGACUAAAACCACAUGGAUAAAAGCUGAAGACUCAUCUAAGAUUAGUGGAGGAACUCCGAUCAAAAUUGAAGAUCCAAACCAAUUUGUUCCUUUGAAUACAAACCCGAGUGAUGUACUGCAAAAGAGAAAUAAGAUUCGGGAACAAAAUCGGUAUGACUUAAAAACUGCAGGGCCCCAGUCUCAGGUCCUUGCUGGUAUUGUGGUGGAUAAGAAGCCUAGUGCUCCCAUGCAGUUUGAAGAAGAUGAGCAUGCCCCUCCAGCUCCUCCCAACCCAUUCAGUCAUCUCACUGAAAAGGAGCUGGAAGAGUACAAGCGGACAAUCGAACUCAGACAACAAGGAGUGGAUGAUGCUGAUCAGGAAGUAUUCUCAGAUGAUGGGUCAUCUGUUUCCCAAAUUCACUCUCAAACUCAAUCCCCACAAAAUAUCCCUCACAAAUUAGAAGAAAAUGAUGAUUACCUACAGGAUGCUAACCUCCUUUCUCUGGAGAUUCCACUUGUGGUGAUGAAUGGAAAGGAAGAUGCACAUGAUGUGGAAGAGGAUCUUGCACAGAGAGUCAGCCAGCUAACCACUAGUACUGUAGAGAAUGUAGAGAUUACCAUCAAAACCUCUGAAAAGAUUGAGGAGGCCCUUUCCCCUGAGGGCUCCCCUUCCAAAUCACCCUCAAAGAAGAAGAAGAAAUUCCGUACUCCUUCUUUCCUGAAAAAGAACAAAAAGAAGGAGAAGGUAGAAGCCUGAGUGCAGUUCACUCAAGGGUUACAUUGCACAUUUCAGACCCACAUAUUAGUCAGCCAUUAACAUGGUCAAGUUAGGUAGGGUUAUGAAGUAAACUGGGCCUUAACCCAAGAACAGAACUGGAAAACAAAUGAAAUAGAAUCAGUUUUAUGUUAGUUAAGCAAAGAACUCAUCUCUCCAGUAUAGUAGUAUAAAUAAUUGCUAUGAGGGUUUGAAAUGCCAAAUAGUUCUACCACAAGCUAACACUGGCAGGUGUUCCAAUCUAGCACUAUAGUGAUUUCAAAGGCCCUUGUGAUAGCAAGUUACAUAUUUUUCUGGAUUAGAGAAUCUUCAGCACAGUUUCACUAAGGUAGCUGUUGAGUUAUUCAGAUAAUGUUUGUUUUUUACACUGUGUAAUUAGAUGACACUUUGUAUUAUGAUCUUGACUACAGCAUUUAUUUUACCCCUGUUGCCUCAGAGGUUGCUUCUCACCUCACCUUUUAAAGAGCAGGUCAUCUAUACUUAUGAUACACUGGCACAUAAUAACAGAGGGGGAAACCAUAAAAGGAAUUGUAUUUGGAAUUUUACAGAUUAUGUAAAGAUUGCAUUCAUCAACAAUAACUUUUGCCAAAUAUUUCAUUUUAGGUAAGAUAUAAUUUUUGAAAACUUUUUUUAUUCUAUCAGUUGGGGGGUGGGCAGGGAGAAAGCCCUUAUUUUUCAAUAAAGGGGAUUUUAUACGCUUAACAUUGAUAACUUAGUUUAACUAUGGCAAAACAGAAAAAGAAUUUUAUAUGUUGAAAUUUUUGUAUACCACUCAGUAUAAAGUAUUAUAGGCAUGUAAACCAAGCAUUUAACAAUAGAGCAUAUUUAAGGAUGCUUGGUGUAGAGUAUACUUAAAUAUAAUUCAAGAAUCCAGAAGCUCUGAUACCAGAUACUGAAAGCAUAUAAAUUUUACUGGAUUCUGGUUUAAAUCUAUCUGGGUUUUUCCCCCUCAUGGUAUUGCUGUUGAAUGAAGAAAAAUAAUCUUGUUAACAUAGGGCUGCCCAGAAGAUCAGUUCAAAGCAUGCCCCAGAUUCAUUUUAGCCUUUUGCAGGCUAGUCCUGUAGCAAGUCCAACAAAAAUCUCAAGGCAAAGUCUUGAGGACUUAUUGGGCAGAGCUGAAACUGACAAGAGGCUUCUCUACCCUUUGCCUUGAGACCCUCAGUUCCAGUUCCUACACAAGUUCCCUCUUUAGAGACAGAGUGUUGAUGUUAGGAUCACUGCAUGGCCAUGGGUUGAGGGAUUCUGCUGCUCUUCUCCUAUGGUCUCACUGACACAAACUGUACUUGAGACACUCACACGACCACAUUCCAGACGGCACUCCAAAUUGCAGUGACUCCUCUAGCUGGCAAGUGGUUGUGUUCCAGCACACAAUUUUUCCAUUUGAGUCCAAGGAAAAUGAAAUAUCCCCACAACAGAAGUGCUUCCUUGAGGGAUGAAGUCUGGCUCCAAUGCAGCAAAUUAGCAUCAAAUGCAUAUGUGUUGCACUAUAAACUGAUCAACUGGAAAGUCCCGUAACCAAAUGAAGGAGACAAAAACGAAAAAGGGAAAGUGAAAUGGAAAGAAUAAGGGGGUGGAGGUAAAGAGAAUAAUAGUUUGAUUAUUUUUCAUAAAAUAUAUGGUAUGGAUUUGGGUGUAUUUUUUAUUAAAUCAAUGGAACAAUGGUUUCAUAUAUAAAAUUAUAAAAUAAUGUAUAGGGUUUCACAUGGAGUGCCACACUUUUCCCUAUUGCUGUAAUUGAUGUUUAAUAGGAUCAUUUUACACAAGUUUUGCCUUUUCAAGAAAUCCUAGAAUCAAUUAGUCUAGCACUAGAUGCUGAUUCCACCACUUACUCCUCUUUGCUGAUAGGUUUGUUGGCUCCCCCCCCCCCCGAACUUUAAAAAGAAAACUGUAAAUACACUUUAAACAUGGAAUUUAAUCUCAGGCAUUUGAACUAGCCUUUGUAAACAAAUAGCCACAAGAGCAAAUACACCUCAAAUAUCAAUGUGAUUCCCAGAUUGCCAGUUAAAAUAUAUACCGUAUGUUGAUCGUUGAAUAUGGCUGGGGCGUGGUUUGGCAUGCAAAAACUGACUUAGCAUGUUACAGAGCUGGUUAGCUUUGACUGUGUGUGUGAGACAAUGCAGCGCUGGAGUGACUCCAGAAAUUAUAUUCUAGAUAUAUCAAGACUGGAAUCAGUGUGUUAUUUUUAAACAAAAAAUUAGUGGAAAUCUGAGUUGCUUAACUUUGUUUAUGUUCUACAUUAUUUGUGUUGUAUUACAACAUAUGUAGAAACAGUAACCUGUGAACUAUGCUUUUCAUAACUUUAAAAAAAUAUCUAAAUGAAUGCAAUGUGCAUAAAUAUUUUUUAAAAAAUGCAACCGUGAACUAUUUGCACCUUUUUCUUCCUCUUCUUUUUUGUUUUUGUUUUGCUAAUGCCUCUAUUUACUUGCUUUGACAUAAAGAAUGAGCCAGCCAACUGUGUCCUGUGGAAAAAUAUAUAAAUGUUGUUGGAAAUUGCUCAUAGAUGUAAUGCUAAUUAAUGUUAAAUCACAAAUAAACAGUAUUUUAAAUAGA